GCGAAUGGCUGGGAAUCAGCCCUUACUUGACCAACGAAUACAUACGUACUGAAGCUAGGCAAAGCCAGGUGCUUGGUAUUUGUUUUAUGGUACCAACUCACCACUUUAUUGCCCUUCUUUUCUUUUAUCCUACAACCUCACGAAUGCGAAUUGUCCGGAUUUAUUAAUAGCCAUUCCAACGCCUUCGUCAGCGCAUUUACCCCAAAGCCCGCUCCGCCAUCGCCGCCACACGACGCAAGGCGAAACAGGAAGGAUUGCGAUACGUCCGUACGGGUUCGUGUGUAGCAAGGCUGUAGGUCGUAGGGGGUAUAUAUAUACGUUUUUUCGGUAUCUUGCAAAAACAAAUUCGAAGUAGGCUGGUCGGUGGUGAUAUCGACUAGCAAAGUAGAGCACAAAGAAGCGAGAUCCAGUAUGGAGCAGGUUAUGGAUGUGAGCUGGAUGACCCAUGGAAAAGAUAACUGGAAUAACCGUGUCGCCUGGAAUUCAGCUAACCAAGCCCAAGACUCUACUCCGAACCGCCCGCUGAAACCUACCACCGCCAGUAAUGCCAAUGGCAAUGGCAAAACGGUGUCUCCACCGCCUUCCUCUUCAAGCUCGCCUCAUCCUCCCACAGAUUCUCCCGCACCAACAAAGUCCCUAGCCCAACGAACAGGUAGGGGAAGGAGUCAAUCCGUCGAGGGUUCGCCGUCGCAACAUAUUUCACCUCCACAAAGGAGAGGAUCAUGGUUCUCUACCAUUUCGUCCAGAUUUACCGCGUCUCCACCGGCUACACAAUCGCCCCCUCCGGCCGCGACGUCACAAUCCGAUACCGAUGAUGUGACCCCAUUACCCAAGAUAUCGCCGAACAGAAAUGCUGUUCUUCCUCAUGCGUCGCGCCAGACCGGUGACGCUCCGUACGUUCCCGCGCCCCCGAAAACCAACCAACCAGGGUUCCUAGGAGUCUUUCGCCGCCUAUCAUCUUCAAAUGGGAAUGCUCUACCAGGCUCUAGAACUAACCAUGGCCUUGUGGAACGGAAGGUCCUGAAUGUUGACAAACAUCGAGAGAGGUGUCGAGUGAACGAACUCAGCCAGGCAAAGCUCCGCCGGGUUGCAUUCUGUGUCGACGUCGAGAUCGCACCAAUGCCUAAAUAUGCUGAUGAAGAAGCUGCGAAUAAAAAGCCUGUUGACAAAGCCCAGAAGCGGAAAGUGACUGAAAAGAGCGAAGGUGAAGCAUUAAAGAACCCGAAGGCAUUGGAAGAACAGAAGGAAACUGCUGGGGUAGUUAAGGCAACUGGUGAAGUCCUGCCCAAAGAGCCGGAGAAAGAGGGUACCAAGGAAGGCACCGGAGCGACAAAUGGACAUCCGAAGGUUAAUGGCACCGCGGAAGAAGAACCUGUAGUAAAGGAGAAGGAGACCACGCGGAAGAAGGAAAAGAAAAAGAAGAGCGAAGCGGAGCGGAAAGCUAAAAAGGAACAGAAACGAAGGGAGGCUCUUGAAAAAGGAGCUAUCCCUAUGGAACUUCACUUCGACAGCGACAGCUCAACAGAGGACCUAUCAGUAAGACCACCAACAACAAAAACGCAAUUGGCACCCACGACGAACCCUGGUAGGAUAUAUCGACGGUGUUGUCAGUUGCGAGAAACCGAUAUUCUCACCAAGAUCACUCUACAGCUUCCAAAGACCACGGAGUUGUGCGCGAACGGCGUUGUGGAAAAGUUGGACCUUGCCGGUUAUUUCAUGUCAACACCCGACUUGAUUACAUUGGGUGAUUUCCUCGCGGUUGUUCCGGUUAGGGAAGUUAUACUAGAAAAUUGCGGAUUAACGGAUGAGGGCGUCCGUGUUAUUCUCGCCGGAUUAUUGGCUGCCCGGAAGACGACGAAUACCGGAAGACGAAAAUCCAUAUCCAAGGCUUCCGAUUUGAUCCAACAAGGUGGCGUGGUCGAAAGGCUAGUCCUGAAGAGCAACAGCAAAAUUACCAGCGAAGGAUGGAAACACAUUUGCUUGUUCAUCCAUAUGUGUCGUUCCAUCAAAUAUCUCGACCUUUCUCAUUUGCCUUUCCCUGCUCCGGUCGACUGUCCAAAGACAGCUCUAAAUCACCACUUCCAUAUCGGCAAUGAGCCUAAGCCUCUAGCUCCAAUCGAUCUGUCCUUGCUUCUCUCUAAGGCGAUUGGGGAACGCCUCGCUGGCCCUGAGCUAGAACUUCUCAACAUCAGUUCAACUGGACUGACCUCUAACCAACUUGGUGCUAUCGUCGACGGAGUGAUCAAAUCAGGAGUAUCAAGGCUCGGGCUCGCAAAUAACAACCUCGACGCACAAGGUGUUCAACACAUCGCGAGAUAUCUGCGCAACGCGAAAUGUGAAGGACUGGAUCUUGGCGGUAACGAUCUCAGGGAUCAUCUCCCGGAAAUCGCUGCUUCUUUUGACGAGAAAGAGGGGCUAUGGGCUCUCAGCUUGGCUAACUGCAACCUCAAACCAGCCUCCUUAUGCAAACUAUUCCCGAAGUUGGUAAAGCUUCCCGAAUUCAAGUUCUUGGACUUGUCACAUAAUCAGGCACUCUUUGAAUCCGAGCCCAGCGCCAUCGGAUUACUUCGCAAGUACUUACCUGAAUUAAACAAUCUGAGGAGAUUACAUCUCGCAGAUGUUUCGCUGUCUUCGGAACAAGCGAUUUCUCUUGCUGAGAUAUUACCUGAAGUUAAGAACUUAGCGCAUAUUAAUCUUCUCGAAAAUCCGGACCUUGUUGGUCUAGCCGAUGCGAGGACUGAGGAGAGUCAAGAAGAAGCAUGUGCUUUAUAUGCUUCUCUUCUGGCCGCCGCCCGCGUGUCAAGAGUGUUGGUUAAGAUCGACAUCGAUAACCCUAGUCCCGAAUCCGGCGAAGUUGUUAAGGCACUAGCAGACCGCGUCGUUGUGUACUGCAUGAGAAACCUGCAGGGCGUGCCGGACAUCCGUGACUCGACCAGCGAAGACGGCCAGAAAGACAAGUUACCGGACGUCCUUCGACAUCUCGUAGGUCACGAAGAUGAUACACCACUCGUGGAAUUAGAUGAUGAUAGUGAACCGGCACCCGAUGAGGAUUAUGUCAUUGGUGGUACGGGUGUGGUGAAAGCUUUGGCUUGUGUUUUGAAGAACCGGGGAGACGAUUCUGGUGACUUGACUAAAGAUCUUGAGUCUGGAACCACAACACCCAAAACCCAAGUUCUUCCAGAAAAGGUCAAGGACACGUCCAAAUAUCUGCUUAUUAGCGCACGGAAGAUUCGCGCUCGCCUGCAGCCAGCCUUGGCUAUGGCUAAAGCUUCUUCCAGGGACGAUAUCCACAAUUACCAUCGCCUUAUCUUCCUCGACCAGACCAUCGAAGGAAUCAUCAAACGGUUUGAGGACGAGUUUCCAGAAACACGUCAAGAUUCAUUAGAUGCUGCUAUACCAGAUCGCACGAUCGCUACUGCGCCAGAACUCAGCACUUCGGUCUCGUCGCUCGAAGCAGAUGCUGCCCUAAUGUCAGAUACAGAAGAUCUCGAGACCGAGGUUCGUUCACCUCAAUCAACGUCCCGGUCGAAUUCCAUCAUUUCGCACACCUCUAAAGCUCUCGUCGAGGAAGAAGGCCUGGCUCUUCGUGUUGGCCAUAGAUUCCGCCGGGGUCUCAUCAAGCAAGAGCACUUUGACUUAUUGACAGGUUCCGAGGAGAUUGGGGAAGAUCCUAACCACGUCACUAUCGUAUCAUCUAUCAUAAACGAGUUAAUGGACGGGGAUGAGAAGGUCAUGAAAGACGUUCAAGAGGAGGGACCCCUACGCGCCUUCCAGAAAAAUCGAGAAGAAAUCGUUAGGAGAUUACGCGAAGAAGACCCACAGUACUGGGAAAGUUUCGUUGAGGCACAGGAGAAGGCGAGGGCUAACGUCCAGAUCGAGGCCAAGAACGAACCUCAGCAGCAGAGCCUGGUGGUUGACGAAGAAGCUAUUGAGGAUUAGGAACAAUUCAGAGUCGCAAUGACGAGGGCUUGGCUAUCGCGGAGGUAACCUUGUAUUGAUAUGUACAAUACGAUACAGCAUAUAUUCUUAGCGUUCCAUACGGGAUAAAAUAGGCGCUUUAUCUACACAUCUCAAAUCCACCCUUCGUUGGAGCAAAGGAAACAGACAGACAGGCAGA